CUGGCAACGCGCAGCGCUCCGCCUUAGGCUCCUGUGUAGAUAGUCGCUCCGUGUCCUCGUCCUUCCAUCAUGGUAUUCCGCUUUGCUAGCUUUUCUGAUUCUAGUCCGCCAGAGCCCUCCACACAGCCCAAAAGGCCUUCCGUCAAGUGGGACUUGGGCUCGGAUUACGAGGACGUUUCGAGUGAGACCAUCGCUUCUGGCUCGGACUUCCGGCGCGAGAGAACAGAUAGCCAGCCGGAUAUUGGCCUCAACGUCCAACCGCAGAUCUACUUCCUGCGGCCGCGGUCCCCAAUCCCCAAGUUGUUAUUCAGCUUAAUUAAUACCAGUGAUGCAAAUGUGAAGAAAAUGUUACCCAAGAGCCAUUUGUCUCGGGUGAUUAUUCGGGACAACCUCAACGCACAGCGCGUCUAUGAGAUGGAGAUGAAAGCCUCUGACAAGACCAAGAGGAAGAUGAGCUACUUGUACGACCACCUGAAAAAGAAGUUCAUGACCGACCAGCUGAGAAAGAUGAUGCGCUGGAGGCGGGAUUCCAUGAGCACCCAGCAGUACUUGGAUAGGAAACGGGUCUGUUGAGGCUCGACUGAGCUGGCGAGCCAACAACUGUGAACCGUGGCAGAAUGAUCUGCCCCAGGAACACAAAACCGCCCUGGUGAGAGCGGAGCAGCCCCAGAGCAUGCUGGUCUCCACAACAGUAGAGCAAUAAAAGAAAAGCUGCGGAUAGGAUAGGAGCGCAAAACGCACCAGUUCUAACCUGCUUUGCUCCACGCCAACCCCUCUAUCCCUGUGAAAUCCCUACAGCUACCCAUGCUCGGUGGAAGAGGCAGAGGCAAGCCAGUCUCCUUGGUUUGUGCAAACAUGGAAACUUAAGCCGUCUGUUUUUUCCUUCUCUUGUUCCUGUGUGUCUCUCUGUCUCCCUACAUUGUCUACCCCUCCUACCAUGUCCGAUCUUCUUUCCUUCCCUCCUCAUUUCGGUCUGCUCAGCACCCAGUUGUACACACACCCCCGAGGUGACGCAUCUGCGGGUUCCGCCGAGGCUGUGGACAUCUUCAAUGGAAAGGAUGAGUAAUAAACUGUGCAUUAUCCGAGUCAUAAGGAGGUCAGGGUGAAGCACCAGGCAAUGCUAUUCAGCAGCCUACCAGCUCUAGGAUCUUGAAACCUCUCUGGGUUCCUGUUCCUUAUCUGAAAGAGUCA